AUGGUUCCGGAAGAAUGUAGAACAGCAGUGCGUUUGAUGCAAGCCAAGCAUACUGCUAUUCUACAUUCAUCCGACACCAUAUGUUACUGUGAAACACUUUGUUCAUCUCUACUAACGUUGCUGACCUAUCAUCUUUGUUGUUCCCAUUUGCCAGAUAGUGUGGAAUCGAGCCCAACUUUGGACUGCGUAGUCUCAUCGUCGUCGCUAGUCAAGAUCCACAAAUUGGAUGUUUUUGCUAAGUGGAACAGAGAUUCAUCUCUCCGUCAGCUGCCGUGGUGCGUCGUUGCUGAAUCACGCAUUUGCACAGUUGCCGAGCUGCUCGAACUUCUCACGCAGCAGUUACGCAUAAGCGAUAUCGAAUCAGCACGUCUGUGGACUAUUGAAAUUGACGGCUUACCGUUCAGGCGCUUGCUGGACAAUGAUUCACUUACUCUUAAUGAUCUCAGAAUUAAGCAUAGUGCUCAG